AUGGUCGAUCUUCUAUAUUUAAUAACACUCGUACCGACCGUACUUCUAUCAUCAUUACGCUCGGAUGAUGAUGGAUAUGAUAUGAUAAAUUAUAAAUAUACAGUGGCUCUACUAGUACUAUUUUCGACGAUAACGGCGUCGAAACAGUUUGAUGAUGAUCGAAUUGAAUGUUGGAAUCGAGCAAAUUUUAUUAAACCUUAUGUUGAAUAUACAAAUCAAAUAUGUUAUAUAUCAUCAACUUAUUAUAUUGAUAGAAAUCAAACAAUACCACACAUUCUUGAAGAUCGGUAA